AUGCGAUACCUUAAGUCGUCGGCGCUGCAGAUCUGGUUACUGGGUUACGAAUUCCCCGAGACUGUCAUCGUGUUUCUGCUGGGCGGCGGAGUCGGCGGGGAAGGCGGCGGAAGCGGCGGAGCGGUGCACGUGGUGUGCAGCCAGAAGAAGGCACAGCAUCUGGAGGCCGUCAGGCGCGUGUGCGCGGAGAAAUCCGGCGGAGUGGAGAUGGUGCUGCACCCCAAGCCUCGCAGCGAGGACGGGUCCUCCCAGAUGGCGCAGGUCAUCGACGCCAUCCGAGCCUCCGGCGCAGGUUUGGCAGGCGGAGGUCCGGUGCGGCUGGGCGUGCUGGCAAAGGAGGCUCCGGAGGGGGCGAUUAUGGAGAAAUGGGCGGCGGCAGUGGAGGCAGCAGCGGGUGGGGGCGAGGGCGGGGAGAGUGGUGGAGAGGGGUUGGAGACGGUGGAUGUGGGGCCGGCGCUGGGGGAUGUUCUGGCGGUUAAGGAUGAGGGCGAGGUGAUCAAUAUCAAGAAAGCCGCAUUUCUUAGCGCGCAGGCGCUCAAGGCGUUCGUGGUGCCCAAGAUGGAGGUGCUGAUCGACGAAGAGCGCAGCAUGACGCACGCGGAGCUGAUGGAGCAGACAGAGGAGGUCAUCACCGACCCCGCCAAGAUCAAAGUCAAGCUCAAGCCCGACAACUGUGACAUCUGCUACCCGCCCGUCUUCCAGAGUGGAGGGCAAUAUGACUUGCGAGCGUCAGCAGUGAGCAGCGACGACCCUCUCUGCUACGAUUCCAUGGGCGUCAUCAUCUGUGCCAUCGGCGCCAGAUACGCCUCCUACUGCUCCAAUGUGGCGCGCACCUACCUGAUUGAUGCUACCAAGGCACAGGAGAAAGCGUACCAGGUAUUGCUGAGGGCACAGGAAGCAGCGAUUGCAGCGAUCAAGCCGGGGGUACGGCUGGGCGAUGUGUACCGUGCUGCAGUGGCGGUGGUGGAGAGGGAAGCUCCAGAGCUGGUGCCUCAUCUCACCAAACACGCCGGCACUGGCAUAGGCAUCGAGUUCCGCGAAGCUGGUCUGACCCUGAACGCCAAGAACGAGCGGACGGUGAAAUCGGGCAUGGCGUUCAACGUGGUGCUGGGCUUGCACGGCCUCACCAAUCCGGAGGCCGGGGGAGGGGAGGAGGGGGCCGAAGCGAACGGAAAAGCUGAGGGCGCUGGAGGCAAGGAGGGCGGGAAGGAGGGGAAGGGGGGCAGUGCAAAGCUGAGGAAGUAUGCGCUACUGGUGGCUGAUACAGUGACGGUGAGGGCCGCUGCUGACAAGGACCGCUGGGUGGACGUCGCCACUGCCUCUGCUUCUAAGUCAUUUGCCGACGUUGCCUACUCGCUCAAGGUGUGCUCGCUGUGUGGGAUCCUUCAAGGUGCGCUGCUGCUGGUGGCGGAUACGGUGGCGGUGAGGGCCGCUGCUGACAAGGACCGCUGGGUGGACGUCGCCACUGCCUCUGCCUCCAAGUCAUUCGCCGACGUUGCCUACUCUCUCAAUGGGGAAGACGAGGAGGAGGAGGACACGGACAAGGGCAAGCGACCGGCAGAAGCAGUAGGGGCUGGAGAACCGGCUGUAUUCGCCCGGGCUCACCUGCGGUCGGAGAACCAGGAGGCCACAAAGGAGGAGCUGCGGCGGCAGCACCAGGCGGAGCUGGCGAAGCAGAAGAUCGAAGAGACGGCCCGGCGCCUGGCUGCUGGUGGGCUGGGCGCACGCGAGGGCGAGGGGGCUAAGAGGCAGACGGGCGACCUGGUGUCGUACGGGGAUGUGGACGAAAUUCCUCUGGCCAUGAAGGACUAUAAGAUCCAGGUGGAUCAGCGGCACGAGUCGGUGCUACUCCCCAUAUACGGGCUGCUCGUGCCGUUCCACGUGUGCAUGAUCCGCAACGUCACCAGCCAGCAGGACGGAGGGCACAUCUACAUCCGCAUCAUCUUCAACGUGCCCGGCGCAGGGUUCAGCACUGCCGACCUGCCCAUGCAGAAAUUUCCGGACAGCAUCUUUAUCAAGGAGCUUUCCUUCAAGUCUACGGAUUCCCGGCAUGCCAACCAAGUGGUGCAACUGAUCAAGACCAUGAGCAAGCACGUGCGGCAGCGGGAGUCGGAGCGCGCUGAGAGAGCGACACUUGUCACGCAGGAGAAGCUCCAGCUCAGCAAGGGCCGCCCGCCCCGCCUGCCGGACCUCUGGAUCCGACCUUCCUUCGGCGGAAAGGGGCGAAAACUCACCGGGUCGCUGGAGGCUCAUCUGAACGGGUUCCGCUAUUCCACUGCCAAGCCGGACGAGAGGGUGGAGGUGAUGUACGGCAACAUCAAGCACGCCUUCUUCCAGCCCGCUGAGAACGAGAUGAUCACCCUCCUGCACUUCCACCUACACAACCCCAUCAUGGUCGGCAAGAAAAAGACAAAAGACGUGCAGUUCUUCGCCGAGGUCAUGGAGGUGGUCCAAACCGUGGGCGGCUCUCGCCGCUCAGCUUACGACCCCGAUGAAAUCGAGGAGGAGCAGAGGGAGCGGGAGCGGCGGAGCAAGAUCAACCGGGAGUUCAAAUCCUUUGUCAGCGCGGUGCAUUCUCUCUGGGAGAAGGACCGCGAGCUCGCUCGUCUCGACCUCGAAUUCGACGUGCCGUUCCGGGAAUUAGGGUUUCACGGCGUGCCGCACAAGUCGUCCGCGUUCAUCGUACCGACGGUGAACUGCCUCGUGGAGCUGAUAGAGGUGCCCUUCCUGGUGGUCACUCUGAACGAGGUCGAGAUUGUGAAUCUAGAGCGCGUGGGUCUCGGGCAGAAGACAUUCGACAUGGCGAUUGUGUUCAAGGAUUUCAAGCGGGAUGUGCUGCGGAUUGAUGCGAUCCCGAGCACAUCGCUCGACUCGGUGAAAGAAUGGCUGAAUUCGAUGAACAUCAAGUACUAUGAGUCGCGGCUGAAUCUCAGUUGGAAGGCUAUCCUGCAGAAUAUCAUGAGUGAUCCUGAGGCUUUCUUAGCGGAUGGCGGGUGGGAGUUUCUGAAUCUCGAGGCGUCGGAUAGCGAGGGGGAGGAGUCGGAGGAAUCGCAGGCGUACGAGCCGUCGGAUCUGGAGGAGGCUGCAUCCGACGAUGAUGAUGACGAGAGCGAGGAUGAUGAGAGUGUGGUGGAUAGUGAGGAGGAGGAGGGGGAGGAGGAGGAAGAGGAGGAGGAGGAGGGCCCGACUUGGGAUGAGCUCGAGGCGAAGGCUUUACGGGAGGAUCGGGAGAAGGGGGAGGAGAGUGAUAUACUGACACUUAGAUACCGAAGCUGCCUUUGUGUGUUGCGCUCCCUGUGCCACCUCAUGUCACACUCCUGCCACCUUGUUCCAGUUGUGUGCCACCAUGUGUCACCCUCGUGUCAGCUCUUUACACCACUUUUCACCAUUUUCCAGCAUCCUGCCAUCCCUCCUACACCAAUGUAUUCCUCCAACCGCACAUCAUCACUCUGCAACGGCUCAAGAAGCACUGCAAGCCAUUGUUGA